AUGCAGCAUAGAUGCUGUGAAGAAUAUCCGUAUAUAGAUUUUUCAAAGGUCAGUGUGCCUCUGUACAACAUCAAUUGGUGGGAACCAGAUUUUUUCUGCACUGCACUUCUAACUAUACUUUGGCCAGUACUCAGGCAUGUGUGCUCACGAUUGGAUGGAUGGCACACUGAAUGGAAAAGAUACAAGGCUUUUAUGAUCCCUUUAUUGGUGGGAGGGGGCUAUGUAUAUCUGUUAGUCAGAUACACAGAGACAAUGAAGUACCAACCAAGGUGGCUGCUGCUACGAAGCAAUGGUUUACUUUAUACUGGAUACACUGCCUGUAUCAGUGGCAUUGUUAUGGUCCUUAUGAAUGUGCUGUCACAGAAAGAUACAUUUGAGAAGUUGCAGGAGUUUCUAUGGAGUUGGAAGGUCUUCCUAGCCCUGAUCCUAUGUCAUACAGGGCUUGCGCUUGUGUUUGCCAGCCAAGCAGGGCUUUUCCUGACCUUUGUGUUGGUUCUCACACAGGCUGCUAUUACAGUUUUACAAGAGGAGCAUGACACACCUACCAACCAUGAGAAAGUAGAAUAGUGGGCCAUAAGGUGAAGAUAUUAUGCCUGUGUGUGAACUAUGUAUUUUUAGCAUGGCUAAUCAAAGUUUAAAACUGUGUAUACUUGCUAGUAAUACUUGCAUAAUACCAUGGACUUUCUUUACCUAUAGCUCAUUUUACAUCAUUGAAUUUGACUUGAUAUUCAAGAAAAAUUGACUUUUGGUGCUAUGAACAUUUCCAGUUUUAAAAAGGAAUAUACAGUAUUAAUUGUAGUUUUUAUAGACAAUGUAUUUGUAUAUGAUCCAAAGUUUGAAAAUGACUUGCCAUGCAGUUGUAACUCUGCUGGGGAGAUUCGAUUGAAUCAGAAUAUCUAAUACUACAACUGUGCCAGAGUUGAAAAUUAAAUGUUUGUUUAGUGGCACAUA